AUGCGCAACAAAUUGCGCAUUGACCGCGAGUUGCUCUGGCGCAAGCUCUUUGCGUUUGACGACGAUGACGACAUAGUGGAGGACUCGCCACCCGCGUGUGACGAAGAUGUCACACCCCAUCUUUGCCGCGUGAUCCAGACCGCCGUGGACCACGGACGUGCGACCCCGCUGCGCGCAAUGUUGCUGCAACGUCUCGGCUACUGGCUCCGUUCCGAUGUUGUCCCUCAAUUCUGGCGUUUCUUCGACACGCUAUUGGCUAAAAGUGAGAACGGUCGCUACACAACUCAACGCGGUCGUCGCCAGAUGGCUCGUCUCUGCACACGGCAACUUACGCUUGCGUUGCAGUUUGCCGAAGAGGCGUUUGCGCACUGUGUGCAACUCGCCAGUCUCUUCGACGCGCGCAUUCCGUUGCCGCAACUUCAAUCAACGGACAAAAACGGUCCAACAAUGGUGCAGGAAGUGCGCACUAGUUUCCGCUGCCUCGUCUUUGAUGACGCGCACGCCCUCGAACGCUUCGAAGAGCUGCUGUGCAUCUGUUUCUCCAGGACGUGGUCGACGUCGAUUGGCCAAAAGAAAACAGCUGCCUGUGUGCGCGACGUGAGGUCGAUCCAGCAGACGCUCCAGCAGCUCGCGUGGCUGCCCGUGGCUGAGUCUGCGCUCGUGCGCGUGCUGCACGCCCAAGUGAAGAAGGCGGUUGCCUUGACAUGUGGACAAGUGUUUGACGAGCAGCUGCUUGGCCGCGUAGAGCACUGGGGGCGCGCCGAGAUGCUGCCGUGGCUUGAGGAGCUGCUGCUGCUUAGCGAAGACGACGACGACGACGACGGUGCGUCACGGACCAAGUGGCGGCAGAGGCUCGCACGGCAAGUGCUCAGGGAAUUCGCGAGUCUCCGCAUUGCGCAGCUGUUUGAGAUCAUCAAGGAGUUUUCAGACAGUGUCCCAGCGCUGGAAGAUCUGCGGCAGUGUCUCGAGCGCACGCAGCAACAGGACGAGCUGGUGCGAAGCUUUCGCGACUCGUUGCAGUCGCGACUGCUGCAGCCAGGAGCGAACACGUCGGCGAUUCUGGGUAUCUACGUGUCGAUUAUAAAGGCGUUCCGGCUUUUAGAUCCAAAGGGCGUGCUGCUUGAAGCCCUGAGUGGACCACUGAAGGAGUACUUGAGGCGACGCAAAGACACGGUGCGGUGCAUUGUCCAGAGUCUCACUGAUGAAGAAAACAGCGACUUGUUCAAUGAGCUUCGUCGUGAUAACAUGCACAUCAUACAACACGUCGACGAUAGCGACGACGAUGAGGAUAUCUCGCCUGAUUUAUGGGAGCCAGAUCCGAUUGAAGCAGACCCGUCCAAGACGUCGCGCAGUCGGAGCAGCGACGACAUUUUGAGAAUCCUCGUCAACAUCUAUGGAAGUCGUGAGCUGUUCGUCCAUGAGUAUCGGAUGAUGCUGGCGGACAGGUUGCUGCAGAAUCUGAAAUAUGAUACUGAUCGCGACGUACAGACACUGGAAUUGUUGAAGCUGCGUUUUGGUGCGGAGAGUUUGCAGCAGUGUGAGAUCAUGGUCCGUGACAUUGAGGACUCGAAACGGCUCAAUGUGAAUGUUCGAUCUUCGACGGACGGGUCUGUCGCGGAAGCAGCAACAGCUGGAGAGGCUGUUAACUGGCCUGACCAUACGAAAGUUGCGUCUUUAUAUGUCGAUGCAACGAUUGUUUCCCGACAAUUCUGGCCACCGCUACAAGGCGAAGAUUUUGCGCUUCAUCCGAGCGUGUUGAAGCAAGUCGUCGCGUUUACCGAUUCGUACCAUGUCCUGCGCAACCCACGGUCACUACAUUGGAAUUGUUCACUCGGGUCCGUGCAGCUGUCAAUUGAUCUCGAAGGCAAACAGCGUGAGUUUACUGUGUCACCUCUUCAAGCCACGAUCAUGCUCUAUUUUGAAGAGAAAGAUCGUUGGACUGUCGAUGAGCUUUCUACGAAACUCGAGAUUUCCGAUGAUUUGCUUCUGAAGCAUGUGUCAGUGUGGGUAAACUACGGACUGGUAUCGUUUACAUCGGGGCGAAAAGAGCUGGUUGCUAGCACGUCCUUCCAGGACACUCGGUGCGACGGUGACUCGACGGUUGAAGAACUCGAGACCGCCGUGUCAUCGGACGCGCAAGCAGAAAUGGACCUCAAAGUGCUGGAAAACUAUAUAGUGGGAAUGCUGUCAAACUUUGGGUCGCUGAGUAUUCAGCGGAUUCACAAUAUGCUUUCCACGUUCGCCCGAAGUGGAGCCCAGCCAUACACUAAGACUAUAUCUGGACUCUCAGGAAUUCUCGGCAAGUUGGCCACUACCGGUAAGCUCGAGCUGGUUGGCGAUCAGUAUCAACUCUCCGCGUAG